ACAUAUUCUUCUUCCCUUUCCUGUCUCAUGGCCACAUGAUCCCAGUGGUUGAUAUGGCCAAACUCUUCGCUUCAAGAGGGGUCAAGUCCACCAUAGUCACCACCCCAGUAAACGCAUCUCUCAUCUCCAAAGCCAUAGGCAAGUCCAAAACUCACAACAACAACAAUAUCCACAUAGAAACCAUCGAGUUUCCAUGUUCUAAAGCUGGUUUACCAGAAGGGUGCGAAAAUGGAGACUUAAUCCCUUCGCCGGAUAAAUUUCCUGUGUUCUUCUUAGCUACCAGGUUGCUUCAAGAGCCAUUCGAGAAGCUAUUGCUUCAGCAUAAACCUGAUUGUGUCGUUGCUGAUGUGUUCUUCCCUUGGGCUACUGAUUCUGCUUCCAUGGUUGGAAUUCCCAGGAUUGUGUUUAACGGGACUGGUCUUUUCUCCAUGUGUGCUAUCGAAUGUAUGAGACUCUAUGAGCCGCAAAAGAAUGUUUCUUCAGAUUCGGAACCCUUUGUGAUUCCCAAUCUACCUGGCGAGAUUAAAAUGUUGAGGACGCAGUUGCCGCCUGCUUCGAUCACCGGUGAAACAAACCCACUGACUGAAUUCUUUAAGGAAGCCAAUGAAUCAGAGGGGGAGUGCUAUGGCGUGGUUGUUAACAGCUUCUACGAACUCGAGAGCGUUUAUGCAGAUUAUUCCAGGAAUGGGCUUGGAAGAAAAGCGUGGCUUAUUGGUCCUCUUUCUCUUUGCAAUAAAGAUACUGAAGAGAAAUCUCAAAGAGGAAAAGAUGCAUCUAUUGAUGAAAACGAGUGUUUGAAGUGGCUCGACACAAAGAAGCCCAAUUCAGUUGUGUAUAUUUGCUUCGGAAGUAUAGCGAACUUUGAAGAUUCUCAGCUUAGAGAAAUUGCUUUGGGUCUUGAGGCUUCAGGGCAAGAUUUCAUUUGGGUGGUGAAAAACAACAAGAAAGAGGGAGAAUCUAAGGAGGAAUGGCUUCUGGAAGGGUUCGAGAAAAGAAUGGAAGGAACGGGACUAAUCAUAAGAGGUUGGGCGCCACAAGUGUUGAUUCUUGGGCACAAAGCAAUAGGAGCGUUUGUAACGCAUUGUGGUUGGAAUUCGACUUUGGAAGGAGUGGCUGCUGGGGUGCCAAUGGUAACUUGGCCUAUGGGGGCAGAGCAAUUUUACAAUGAGAAAUUGGUGACUGAGGUUCUUAAGAUUGGUGUGCCUGUUGGUGUAAAAAAAUGGGCAAGAAUGGAUAAGGUUAGUGUUGAAUGGGAGGCAAUAGAGAAGGCUGUGAAGAAGAUAAUGGUAGGAGAAGAAACAGAGGAAAUGAGAAUGAACGCGAACGUGUUGUCACAGUUGGCUAACGCUGCUGUUGAAAAUGGAGGAUCAUCAUACUCUGAUUUGGGUGCACUCAUUCAUGAGUUGCUUUCCCUAAGGCAUUGAUGAUAUCGUCCACACAACAAUGGAGAAGACUUUUGUGUUUGUUAUGUCUACUUUUAUUUAAGUUCAUUGAUUUGAGCUUAUCUUGGGUCCUUUGGUUUUAUUUUCUCUCUUAAAGAUGUCAAAUUUGCUUUAUAAAACGUUAAGACAUAUGCAAUAAUGUGUAUAUAUUUGUUGGUUAGUGAAGCGUAGUUAUCAUAUUUAGUUUUAAACUUUUUUGCAAGUGGAAGAGGGCAAUAAUAAGAGAGAAAAGUUAAGGGGUUGGCUGUGUAAGGUGUAUAUGAAUCAGGUAAAAUUGUUUGUUUUU